CAUGACCUGAGGGUGUGAAUACUUUGCCUUCCUGUAGCUCCCUCUGCUGCCUGUGGGGGGCGGGGCGCUCUCUGCCUCCACGCAGUGUACGGAGGCCGGUGUUGGUGAGGGUGUGGACGUCUCACAGUGUUCCAUGUACUGGGUCCACAGCUAACAACUCCUGCCCUCUCUAAUUGAAUUACACAGCAACAGGCGACUAAAUACGGCGCUGUGCGAGUGCUGCUGAGCCUGUGUCCCUCACUAUCCCAUAUGAGGGACUGAUGCUCACCAGGACCCUGCUGAACCCCUUGGGUCACCUCUCCCAUCUGUCCCAGUUUGGUUCCUAGUCUGCAGCGGUUCCACCAUAAGAAGAGAAGGAAGCAGCAGCAGAAAUGGAUGAUAUCUUCACGCAGUGCCGGGAAGGCAAUGCAGUGGCAGUUCGCCUAUGGUUGGACAAUACAGAGAAUGAUCUCAAUCAAGGAGAUGACCACGGCUUCAGCCCGCUGCACUGGGCGUGCAGGGAGGGACGCUCCAGCGUGGUCGACAUGCUCAUCAUGAGAGGGGCUCGCAUCAACGUCAUGAACCGCGGCGACGACACGCCUCUGCACCUGGCGGCCAGCCACGGACAUCGGGAGAUAGUUGGAAAGCUGAUCCAGUGCAAAGCAGACACCAACGCAGCCAAUGAACACGGAAACACACCACUGCAUUACGCCUGCUUCUGGGGCCAAGACCAAGUGGCUGAGGACCUUGUGACUAGCGGGGCUCAGGUUAGCAUCUGCAACAAAUAUGGGGAAACGCCCAUGGAUAAAGGCAAACCUCACCUGCGUGAAAUCCUCAGAGAUAAAGCAGAGAAACUGGGGCAGAACUUGACUAAAAUUCCCUUCAAAGACACGUUCUGGAAAGGAACCACCAGAACUCGACCCCGUAACGGCACUUUGAACAAACAAGCAGGCAUUGACUACAAACAGCUCUCUUUCGUGGCUAAAAUAAAUGAGAACCAGUCUGGAGAGUUGUGGCAGGGGCGCUGGCAAGGAAAUGAAAUUAUUGUUAAGGUGUUAAAAGUUCGCGACUGGACCACGAGGAAAAGCAGAGACUUCAAUGAGGAGUAUCCCAAACUCAGGAUAUUUUCCCACCCGAAUGUCCUACCCAUGUUGGGAGCAUGUCAGUCUCCUCCCGCCCCUCACCCCAUCAUCAUCACACACUGGAUGCCUUAUGGCUCCCUCUACAACGUGCUGCAUGAAGGGACCAACUUUGUGGUGGACCAGACACAGGCGGUUAAGUUUGCUCUGGACAUCGGGUGUGGGAUGGCCUUCUUACACACACUUGAACCCAUGAUCCCCCGGCAUUAUCUCAACAGCAAAAGUGUUAUGAUAGAUGAAGACAUGACGGCCAGGAUCAGCAUGGCAGACGUCAAGUUCUCCUUCCAGUGUCCCGGCAGGAUGUACUCGCCUGCUUGGGUGGCCCCUGAGGCUCUGCAGAAGAAGCCAGAAGAGAUCAACCGUCGCUCAGCAGAUAUGUGGAGCUUUGCCAUCCUGCUGUGGGAGCUAGUGACCAGAGAGGUGCCGUUUGCGGACCUGUCCAACAUGGAGAUAGGCAUGAAGGUUUCUUUGGAGGGUCUGAGGCCCACCAUCCCCCCCGGCAUCUCUCCCCACAUUUGCAAGCUCAUGAAGAUAUGCAUGAACGAAGACCCAGCAAAGAGGCCGAAGUUUGACAUGAUUGUCCCAAUUCUGGAAAAAAUGCAGGACAAGUGAAAAGAAAAAAGUCCUCUCCUCUCUUCUGUACUGAACCGAAUCUGUUACCCCCAGAUGGUGGUGUGGUGCUUACCAGUAUUGCCUUAAACUCCUACUGUACCGCUGCAUUCAACGCCACUGUAGCUUCUGAGUUUAAUUCAGCAGCAGUUACUUCUUUUAUAUCUUUUUUUGUUGUUGUCUUUUUUCAGUAUAUAAAGAUUUUAUUUGUGUCUUCAUCUUUGUCACUGAUCUGCUGAUACUGUCUGCACAGGAGCUUAAUGUUGACUGUUCAUCUUUUAACUUGUAAUCACACGGACUGAGUACAAUCUUCUGGAAACUUCUAGACCGAAUAACCUGUGGAGGUCAGCAUGACAGUCUGCUGCACUGCUUCAGUGGAUGUGAGGCCUUAUGUUUUUUUUUUUACUGGAGUGGGCUCACUAUAACAAAGUCAUGCUGUGAGGAAACUGCUCCUCUUUGAUAGUGCCUCCAAUUAAAACUAUGACAUGUUAACUCUGUGCUCGUCUCGUGGAAAAAUGUUUGUGUAUGCAGCAGGGAAGGCAUGAGAGGCGUCUGCAAACAAGCAUUUAAUGUUAUAAGUUUAAGGAAAUGCAUAUGAAUGAGUGGUGCCAAUGAGAGUGCUUGGCAGUGUUGUACCAUUCAGCUUGGCUGUGUAGUGAUGUGUAGAGCUUUAGCGUUGGUGUCUGUACAACCUGCUGACAAUGAUGUGCAUCAAGCCUCUGUUUUAUUCGCUGCCAUGAGUGCAAAAUGUCAAUGUUCAAUGCAAUUUUGGGACUAUUUCUUUCAAAAUGGCUUGCAGAAUUGCAAAUUUCCUAUUGUUAAUUUGUAUUAUGUCCUGUUUUUAACUAGAUUACCCAAAUGUGUUACUGUAAUCCAGUUUUUUUCUUUUCCCCCUUAAAAUCUAAUCAGAUUUUUUUAUCAUGAAUUCUGUUAGCUGUACUGUCCAACAAAAGGUGCAGUCGGUCUCUCUUUUAAGAUGUCUAAGAGUGAAAUUACACUUACAGGCAAUCUACAUAGCACAUUUCACCUUGUUCUUCUAACAGUGUCAGGAGUGAAUUCUGGAAACCAUACUGUAACUUAUUCAUGGAUAUCACAGGUACAGCGAUUUAGUUUUCCAGCAUGGGGAAUGCCUUCCUCAUAAUUUUAUGGCUGCAUGAGUAGCUCUUGCCAGCAGCAGGUAACUGGGACAUUAAGGGCAGGUUUUAACUUCAAGCAUAUUGUCAUAUUGUUUUAUUUUUGUAUUAUUUCAGUCCUCUAGAUUAUUCUGACUUUAUAUGUCUCAUGGGUUGUUUGAACUUGCUGCAUUGUUUCUGUGCCUCAUCUGCACCCCUCUGUCUCAUGGGUUGUUUCUACUUGCUGCGUCGUUUCUGUGCCUCCACCAGCUUGCUUGUUUGUGCUGAAUCACAGAUUGAAGCCAAAUCAAGAAUGACUUAUACAAAUGUAUGUAUUUAUAUAUAAGUAUAUUAAAAAGGAAAAAUAUGGGCAACGGGAA